AACGAUCACCACGACAUCAUUCAUCUUCUAGGUAUCACGAUGAACGAUCAAGGUCAAGAUCACCAGAAGGAAGAAGAAGAAGAAGAAGAAGAGAUGACAGACCUAGGAGAUCACCAUCACCAGGAGAAAGACGACAACGACAACGAGGACGACAUCAAGAUGGUAGUGGCAGAAAAUAUACUUGGGGAGGACGAUCACCAUCAAUAGAAAAAGAACAAGAUGUACCUGAACCUGAAGGACCUAACUACGGUUUAUCCGGUAAACUGGCUGCUGAAACAAAUACUGUUAAUGGAGUGGAAUUGAAAUACAAUGAACCUGGAGAAGCGGCAAAACCAAAACAACAUUGGCGUUUUUAUGUCUUUAAAGGAUCAGAACAAAUAGAUCUAUUGCAUGUACAUCGUCAAAGUGCUUUCCUUAUUGGUAGAGAUCGUGCGGUGGUGGAUAUUCCUGUUGACCAUCCAUCUUGUUCAAAACAACAUGCUGUGUUACAAUAUCGACUCGUCAGUGAUCAAGGCCAACAAAUAGUCAAACCUUUUAUCAUUGAUUUAGAAUCAACCAAUGGUACUUUUAUCAAUGGGGACAAGAUACCAUCAUCUCGCUAUGUAGAAUUGAAACUCAAGGAUGUCGUGACUUUUGGACAAAGUACAAGAGAAUACGUAUUAUUACAUGCAGAUUAGUUUUUCUUUUUUUUUUUUGUGGGAU